GGGGCGUUCCCGAUGAGGUUGGCAUUGUUGAAUAGAGCAAUGGCAGAAGAGAUGACAGUUGCCUUGGUUACAAAUUUUGUCAACCCUUACGCUGUGCAGAGAGGGAUAGCACAAGGUGAGCCGGGGUUCAGCAGCCACUGUAGUUCAUAUAGAGCCCUACAGUCAUGAGUGGAAGGGAUCUGCAAAUGUUCAUUACAAGCUACAGAGCAGAGGAUGUUGAAAAACUGACACUGCGGAUGAAAAAUGGUCUUGGCAGCUCAAAGUACAAACCAGCUGAAUAUAAAAGACUACAAGCCAUUGUUGAUGCCAAACGCCAGGAGUCUGAUCUAAUUGGACAAAAGGUUCAAAAGACUCGCUGUGCAGCCAAGGCAACCAAGGAGAGCUCCAUAUUACGGCAGCACAGACAGGUGUGGAGCAGAGAGUGCCCCAGGCUGCGAAAGGCUGAGGAGGCGGCAGAGACUGACAUCCAUGAAUUUGUAGAGCAGCUCAGACCAAAUGGUAGAACAGACACUGCCAUUUUCUCUCUUCAAGACUAUGGGCUGGACCUGGAGAGGGAACGGGAGGCAUUCAGGGUAGCCACAGUGGAGCCUGUUCAUCAGCUCAGGGAUGACCUGCGCUUCAGACUGGGUGAAGCACAACAUCAGCAGCUCACUGCUCAUCGAUCAAACUGGGAACAAGUAGUACAGCAGAUACGCUUUGUUAAAGACCAGCAAGUUGAGGUAAAUGCAAAACUUCAAACAGAGUACCUGGCCUUGGAAGAGGAGAUAAUUUGCCUUGGCUUGGAGAAAUAUCUCACUAACACUUCAGAUAAUCUGGUGGACAUAGAAAAUGUUCCUGAAGAGGUUUUGCAUUCAGACUGCCCUUACCCAGAGCUGAAGGACUCCUUUAUCCAGGCCUUCCACUCCCUGUCAGGACGGUACCAGAGCAGGCUUCAGAGACUCCAAGAGCACGCGCAAAGAACUGACAGGUUCUGUGGUUGGUGUGCUGAUGACCACCAACGCUUCCAGUUCACUGCUGCUCAGUACACGAAUGACAUACCAAACCACAGAGCCCUCUACAUGGACAUGCUGCAAAGACUCUUCCCUGAUAAAACUAAACAAGAUCUGAUGGAGCAUGAGCGUGUGUGGGACUGGCAGCGCUUCACCCAGGCACAGCUGAGAGCCGUGACCCAGCAGUGGCAGCGGGACCAUAAAGAGUUGCUGGUCAGAGCGCUGGUCACCCUGCAGGACGCGAGACAUGCCCACCAGGAGGAGCUGGAGCUCCACAGAGACCACCAGCACCAGCAGGACAUCUGCUCGCAUCUCAGGGAGAAGCUGCGGCAGUGGCGGGCCCAGCAGGAGGAGGUGGCGAAGCUGGAGGCAGUUAUAGCUGCUAGACAGCAAGAGGAGAGGGAGGCGAGGUUAAAGAGAGAGCAGGAGAAGGAGACGGCCAUCAGAUCGCAGCAGAAAGAAAAAGUCAGGCAGUUUUAUUUAAACCAGCAGAAGAGGAUGGAGGUGCUGGAGCGGAGGGAUCGAGAGAGACUCGCUAAUCUACGGAGUGUUAUGGAAGAACAGGCACGGCGAGAUAAAGAGAGGGUGCAGUUUCGGGCAGAAAUGUUGCAGCGGCGAAGGGAGGAGAUAAAGGCCCAGGAGCUUGAGCGUCAGAGAGAAGAAGAAGAGAAGCAGAAUCGUCUGGAAGUUCUCAGAAACCAGAUCAGUGUGGUGGCAGAGGCAGACCCAGAGAGGAUGAUGGCAGAUACAGAGGCUUGGAGGAGUCGACACUUGAAUAUAAAGGAGUUUGAGCUCCAAAGACCUCUCUACAGUAUUAACACGUACACAGACACACAGAUUGUGUCUGAUCCAAGGGUGCGAGUUGAGCAAGCUCUGCGGGAGGCUGGUCUGCACCAAAGUCAUUAUGCCAAAGAAGUUCUGAGUGUUAUAAAGCCUCCAAAACCACCUAGACGAGACACAUCAUCCAUACUCAAGUUCUGACCAGAGGCAUGUUUGGCAUAACAUUGAAUUAAAUCCAAAUAAGACAUUUCA